AUGGCACAAAUAUUCAGUGUGAAGGAGGAUCGACUAUGCUGCGAUCAGGACAAGAUAGUGGCUCUCAAGCUUACAGGGAAUCACAGCACGCGCAACACUAUUCCGAUAAAAGUGGAUGUCACAUUUUCCGUUGAUAGAGCUGGGGAAUAUUUUGUUGCCGCAUGGGAUUCCGAUGGUGGGUUUCGGUUCGAGAGCGACACAUUCACAGUUUUAGGGGGAGACCAUGUCCUACAGCUUGGCCCCUUCUAUGCCAGUUGCCAAGUCGAUUGUCCUUUCCGAGCAGCAAUUGACAACUGGGCAAUUUACGAUCGUGAGAGACGAAAAUUAGACGAAACUAAUUCCGGGAGCAUUGAAAUGUACAUUUUUCUAGGCUCUACUGCCCUGCCUCUGGAGGAGUAUGUUGGUCAAGAUGUUCACGUUCGCGAACUCAUCUGGCGGACAAUUCCCCGCUACUUCGAAGUGGCAGCUCAUAGUUUUGCCCAAGUAAGGCAAAAAGUGGUUACGGACGUCAUGUUUCGCUUCUGGCACGGUGGCGGCCAGGAUUUUGAGUAUGAUAUGAGGAGUGGGGCAUCCUCAUUCCUAAAGGGUAAUUGGGUAUUGAACGAGAACCGAUUCGAGCUUGGGCGGAUGCUGCUGAAGCAAAGCCAGCAUUGCAAUUGCGACGAUCUUGCAGCACUAAUGUACGCAGCUUUCAAGUCCUUUGGCAAGAAGCAAACAGCGGAGUCAAACGGAAACGAGACCGACGUACGUGUGCCCUUCUUCUCGUGGACGAGUUCCCCACCUUGA